AUGGGCCAGCCAAACAUAUCCCAGAGCAAUGCAACUGGAUGCUCGACGACUGGUACAUCUCACUCAACGCCGCCGGCCACUACCUAUACUACUCUCACCGAAGAAUCCCCUCUAUUUAUUCCCCCAGAUCCUCGCCAACAAGACGAAAACCGCAAAGCUGAGAACAAUGAGAUCCCUGAUGGAGGUCUGGUGGCCUGGACCCAAGUUCUGACCGGACACCUGGUUGUGUUCAAUGUAUGGGGCUAUAUCACAUCAUAUGGAUUCUUUCAGGAAUACUACGUCAAAACUCUUGAUGUCAGCCCAGCAAAUGCGUCUUGGAUCGGAGCGGUGCAGAUGUUCCUCGUCCAUUUCCUGGCCACUUUCUCAGGCAGAGCAAUGGACGCGGGUUAUCUGAGACAAUGCAUUACCCUUGGGUGCCUUCUUCAAGUUACUGGAGCAUUCGCGACCUCAUUCGGCACAAAGUUAUGGCAUUUUUGGCUAGCGCAAGGUAUCGUCAGUGGAAUUGGCCACGGACUCGUCUUCAGCCCCAUAAUCUCGCUAUAUGCGACAUACUUCAACUCCAAGCGAGUGAUGGCCGUCUCGCUGGCUUCUUGUGGGGCAGCGACUGGAGGGAUGGUUUUCCCAGUGGUUGCUUAUAAGUGUUUCAACAAUAUUGGCUUCGCAUGGACUGUCCGAAUCAUGGCGGCCAUUAUCCUAUUCAACAGCGUUAUAAUUAUCAAGUUUACCAGGUCUCGGAUUAUACCUCGUCGUCCUCCUCCCUGGGUUGACUUCAGCGCGUUCCGCGAACGCCCUUACCUGAUUUUUUCAAUCGGCUCAUUCCUGAUCUUUGAGGGAAUUUACUUUGCGUACAUCUAUCUUCGACAAUAUGCCCAGGCUCACACAGGAUUUACAGCAUCUGAUUCACUCCUCCUCCUCAUCCUAAUGAAUGGCGUGGGUGUUCCGUCCCGCAUCGCCUCGGCGUUCGUGGCGGACCGGUGGCUGGGUGCAGUAAGGACUUGCAUUGCAGUCUCAAUCCCUUGCGGCAUCGUCAUUCUAGGGUGGAUUGGUGUACACACCCAGGUUGGCAUGUUCAUUUGGGCUACAGUCUAUGGAUUACUGGUGAAUUGUGCGCAAAGUCAAUUGCCGGCUGCAAAUGCCUACUUUGGAUCCAAAGACCCAGAAAAAUCCGGCACACGUGUUGGGAUGAUUACCACUAUCAAUAGCAUUCCGCUGCUGACUGGACCUUAUAUCGCAGGACAGCUGAUCGCGUUAGGGGGAGGCGAUUACCUGUACGCACAAUUGUUCGGGGUCAAAAAGCGUGACCAAAACGUGACCCCUCUCUAUUUCGGAAUGACCUUCCUACGAUUUCUCCCCAUCUCACGGGACUUUUCCAACGGAGUAUUACACAAGAUGUUCCUCAAACCUCUCCAUUACCACCUUCCAUUAUUCCCUGGAUUCCAAUUACUGGACGUGGCGGCCCCACUGGACAUUCUCAACAUCCGCACACAGUAUCCUGACACAUCAAACAUCACCCUGACUGUAUCAGCCGCAACUUUGGACCCAGUCUCGGUGAAACCAAUUCCACCCGCUAAGGCACAAUGGCGAUUUGAUCUACCCAACAUCAAUACAGCUUGCAAUCAGCAAAUGUUGCCACAAUGUACCUUCAAUGACAUGAUCUCUGCCCUGAAAGCGGGGAAAGUUGCCGAGGAUGGGAGUGGUGAAUUCAAACCUAUCGAUGUAUUGAUCAUCCCAGGUGGCCCAGGGACACGUCUGAACCGUAUUUACGGCACUAAUACAUCCAAUGAAAUCAAAGUUUCUAACACGCAGGAGGUUCAGGACUUUCUGACUGCCGUUGCGCCCUAUGUCCGCCACAGUAUCAUUACUGUUUGCACGGGUAGCCAUGUCCUCUCGCAGACUGGGCUUCUGGAUGGACGCCAAGUAACUACAAACUCAGCCCGCUAUGACGAUGUCACUAGCCAAACGAGCGAAGUGAGAUGGCAACGUAACAGACGGUGGCUACGUGAUAGUGUUCCUAAGGAUGUGGUGCCUGACGGCCUGUCGUUGCUACCUGGAAUUGAGAUCUGGUCGUCUGCUGGGAUCACUGCAGGGAUGGAUGUGAUGUUGGAGUUUAUUUCGGCCCAUUAUGGUGGUAUUGCAGUAGGGAGGGAGACUGCGAAGCGGAUGGAGUAUCGCUGGGAGCGAGAAAAGGAAGCUUCUUACUUCUUGUGA